AUGCACUUACAAGCACGAGUCUCGUGCACCAAUGACAAUAAGAGAAGCGGCUACCAUCGUGUCUCUGCCUUCAACUUCAUCAAAAAAGCCUUGCAAGUACUGCAGGCAAACAAAAGCUCCUCCUCCUCCUCCUCCUCCCCUGCCUACAACAACAGCAAGAGUCAAUGGAACUUGGCACCAGCUCACUGUGGAACAAUGCCUCAAGUCUCGGCGGAUGCCGUUUUGUUGCGUUGUGGUGUGGAAGAGGCGCGACAAAAGCGGAAAUGA